UGCGUACAAACACACAUUGCUAUACACGAAUUGCACUUCAUGAAUCGAGCGGACACAAAUCGAAUGACCCAUUCGGAAAUACGUCUUAUAAGUUCAUCACGAUGCAUCCUCUGUUCAGCUAGGGCACAUGCAUUACCUCUGUUCAGUCCUGAAUCAGAGCAUUGCAAGCUAAGACGAAACAUAUUGGAGGGCGAUCAUUAGGAGAAUGCUAAUGGAUGGAUCGAUGAUUAGGAGAAUGGUAAUGGGUUUAAUUAGAACAACAGAACAGGCUGUGAUGAGAUGAGAGGCGUUUUGUUUUGAACUGAGUGGUGAUGAGAGAGAGGAAUCAUAUAGAAUGGGUGGUUGCACCAACCCACCCCCAUGGAUCCCGGUAAAUAGCAGAGCAGCCCCGUACUCUUAUUGCAAUGCCUCCGUGCGUGAUGCCUUGUGAAGCUUCACCUACACCGUUUCGGUCGCUUGCCGGUUUUGUGUUGGUUGUACUUUUCAUUUUCUUCUUCGUUUCUUCACCUUUAGUCUUUUGCGUUCUUGUGUUGGUUAAGUCCUGCUUGAUUGCAUCUUAAUGAAACACAUGCUAAGGCGUACCGCCCGAAAAAAAAAAGGUUUUUCCUCGAUCCAAAUGACACCCAACCGGCCGAAGAAAUCGCUGGGCAGCCUCCCAACAUGGGCGACUCCCGUGGGACCCGCGUAGCCAGUGUCCCAUCCCGGGUCAAACGGAACCGACGACCCCGCGCUCCCGCCAAAUUCUCCCUCCACCUCUGCAUGCGUGCCCAUGUCCGUCGUCAUAUAGCUCACAUUCUAACCUUGCAGCAGCUGCAUGCAUGCUUAUAUAUAAGUCCCCGAUCCUUCCUCCUCCUCCACCACCUUUAUUAACCUCUGCUCGUUCCUCGUCGCCGCCGGGCCAUGGCCGCGCACCGGGAGCUGCUCCUCCUCCUCCUCGCCGCCGCGGUCGUCGCGGCCCUGGCCGCCGCCACCGUCGCCUCCGCCGACGACGCCAAGCCGACCAUCCUCACCCCCGUCGCGCAGACCCCGCUCGGCUCCUUCGACGGCGACACGCCGGCCUCCGACGACGACUCCGUCGAGGACGACGACGACGCCGCGCCCGUCGGAUCGCCCACCGGCGCCACCAUGACCGAGCCCACCCCCGAGAUGCCCUCCCCGCCCGGCACCCAAGCUACUGCCGGAGGAGCCGCCGCCAGCGCGGCGGCGCCCGCCGCCCUCGGGGCCGUCGUCGCGGCUCGUGUCGGCGCAGCCGCGGCGGUGGUCGCCGCAGCAGCCUUCGCCUUCUGAGGCGGUGGAGAUCGAUGUCAUCUGAUGCGUGCGUUGUAUAAUGGAUUGCUGGGAGGGAAUGAGCGAGCGAAGCCGACGCCCUCUUCUGCGUGUCUGGACGAUGAUGAUGAUCACGACGAUAUGCUUCAGCACUGCAAAACUUUUACAUGGCCAGCUUCUUCGAUUUGAUUAUUUAUGUAAAACCAUUUUCUUUUUCUUACCUACUAU